AUGGAAGUUGACGAGACGUUAGUGAAUGGUGUUACCGAGUCGAAUGACGAUGGCGGUGAUAAAAUGGAAGAAAGCGAUAGUUACGAUUCCGACGAAGAAAGAAGUGAUUUUUACCGUAAACAUCCUUGUGCACGCAAUGAACGUAUGUUCGUUGAGAAUUUUCUUUUUCGGAAAUCAUCAGUGUUUCCUUUAAGUAUGAACUUUUGCCAACUUUUGCACCCCAGAACUCCUUUCAUUCCUCCAUCUCAAAGAGAAGACGCUCCGCUCGCCUCUAUAUUAAAUCCGCAACUGGACAAAGUUGAUCCGAGGCGGUUUUUUACCGAUUACGAAUUGAAUUCCGUUGUGCGGUUCUCUCGGAUUUUCGCAGCUAACAUCAAAUCGUCCUCUAAGGCAGAAAUUUGGUGGCCAUCGAAAACUUACCACAAAAGGAUUGCCAGUGAGGCUUUAAUGAUUGCAUCGAAAUCAAAAUCUAAGCCGCAUGCAAACACCUUCAAUUCUCAUGAUGGACAAACAGAUGAGGUUCUUUUUUGUAAGGUUUUGGAUGACCUUAAGUGUGGUGAACCAGCCUGUGGUUGGGUUCCGACGCAGUAUACCAGAACGUACGAACAGUUUAUGUUAGCUGGUGAGAACAACUAUGAUAAGCAUUUUCUCUCUCUUUUUCUUAAGAACAGAAACUUUAAUGAUGAUUAUUAUCUACCUAAGGCCGUUAACAAAUCUGGUCCUGCUGGUAACAGCAUGUUGAUUCAACACUCUAUUCCUGCUCAAAAUAUUCAUAGAACUUUCUUCCCAACAUUUCUUAUUCCGUCGAAAUUGCGGCAUUUUCACAGGCAGCCACUUUCAAGACGCGUUGUACGACAAUUCAACGGCAGAUGGGUUGAUCAAAGAGAAAAACAACGUUGCGCAGAAGGUGGUGGAGAUAUAUUCUUCAUGCGUGAUGUCGCUGAUCUUAGUGGUCGUGAUGGAGAUUUGAUAUUGCUAGAAUAUUCAGAAGAACAUCCGCCAUUACUGUGUCAACCAGGCAUGGCUUCGAAAAUUAAGAACUACUACAAAAAGGUUAAUGUCGAUCCCGAUUUUGAAUAUGGUGAUAUGGCAUACUUGCACACCGUACCGUUUCUUGGUCAGUUACAGCCCGGACAGGCUAUGCAGUCGAUAGAGAAUAACCUGUUCCGAGCACCUAUAUAUCAGCAUUCUCCUCAGUAUACUGAUUAUCUUCUCAUUCGGAAUCGCAACGGCUGGUUUAUACGGCCAUGUCCGCCGAUUUUUCUUGUUGGACAGGAAUGUCCUCUUUAUGAGGUUCCGAGCCCAAAUUCCAAAAGAGCUACAAUAUUUGUUCGAGACUUCCUUUUGGUCUGUUGUUUCCGUUCUAGUUAUUGUUCUCAUUCAUGUUAUAAAACAAAUACGUUUGAAACAAUGUUCAGAUUUCAAACAUCAAAAUUACUGGGUACGUUUAUGGCGAAACUGCUGUGUGUAUAUUUAUCCGAAGUACUUCGACCAGAAUUUCGUCUUCCAAGUAAGGAGGAAGUGCUAGCCAUGGUCACUCCCGAAAUGUGCUGCGCUCAAUACAGCAUGCUUGCCGCUGAACAACGGCUCAAGGACGCGGGUUAUGGUGAGAAGUAUUUCUUCACUCCAGAAAACGAGGAUGAUUCGGAUGACCAAGUGACAAUCGAAGAUGAGAUUAAAUGUGCGCCUUGGAAUACAACUCGUGCGUUUCUUUCGUCCAUGCGAGGAAAAUGUCUUCUAGAUCAAACGGGAAUAGCGGAUCCUACUGGAUGUGGACAAGGAUUUAGUUACGUGCGUGUUUCACAGAAACCUCAAAAAGACGAUACUCCCGCGAUGCCAAAACGUCUUGUUACGGGUACCAAUGCUGAUCUCAGAAAACUUCCCCUUAAGGAGGCAAAGGAAAUUUGUCGGGACUAUGGAGUUCGUGAAGAAGAAAUAAACGCCCUUUCUCGCUGGGAAAUCAUAGAUGUGAUUCGAACGUUAUCCACGCAAGCUGCGAAAGCGAAGGCCGAUUCGUCAGGAGACCAUGGAAACGUUUCUGGUAUGGCACGCUUUGCACGAGGAAAUAUUCGUUUUAACUUUGCCGAUAUGCAGGAAAAGUAUAAAAAGCACUGCCAACACAUAUUCGAUCUUCAAAAUCAGUUGGUGCUCUUGUAUAUCAGGAGUUUUUGGGAUUACUUUGUCAUGAAAUGCAUAUUUAUAGAACGCUUGAAACGAUGUUGCAGGCAAAUAAAGGUGCUUUUCAGUUUUCGUCCCGCAAAACACAUUUCCAUGUCUGAGCGUGCUCGUAUGGAAUUUGAAAAUGAGGAGAAAGAACGCCAAGAUCUUAAAAGAAUGGUUCAUGGGGAUAUGGCUGGGAAAACAGAAAAGGAUAAAAAAGAGGCCACAGCGGAGGAGAAGAAGAAUGUAUCAAAAAUCGGUGAGGAUCUUGCUGCAUCGGCCUCCAAAAUUUCGGGUAUCACUGCAAAUCAAAAGCUGAAGAUUUAUCGAACUAUGAAGAAUCCAGACGGGACGGAAUCCACUCGAGUUGAAGUCGUUACACGGCCCCAGCUUAUUGAAGCGUAUACUCGGAUUCGUAUGACAAAGGAUGAGAAUUUCAUUGAAGUGUAUGCUCAGAUGGAUGAACAAUUCAAAGAGGAACGAAGGAAACAAAAGCGUCGCUUACAGGAUCAGCUUCGACGAAUUCGAAGAAACGAGGAGAAGGGUAAGACGGGACACCCACCACAGCGUGUUGUUGAGAAGAAACCUAUUCCUAUCAAGCCGAACUUGCAAAAGAUGCGUUGCUCAGCUUGCCAUGGCACUGGUCAUAUGAAAACAAAUAAGAACUGUCCGUUGUACGGCAAGGAUCCUUUGAAGACUGCUACUAAAGAUGCUGGCUCUGGAACGUCGGAUGGCGAUGAGGAUCCGUCAUCGCUUACUGGUGAACUGGUGGCUGUUGAAGGCACAAAGGUGAAAAUCAGUCGAAAAGUUAUCAAUAUUCGCCCGCGACUUAGCGCUGGCGCGGGUGUGUCAUCUACAAAACGUCGUGUAUCGACACUGCCUGAGGAAGACUAUUUGCAUGGACCACAUAAAAGUGUGCAAAGAAUACGUGCCGAUCCGAAGGUUACAAUGGGUACACUACUGACUGAAAUAGUUACUGAAUUGAAAUCGAUUCCAGGAUCUGAGCAUCUAAUGUUUGCAGUAAAUGCUAAAAAGGUCAAAGACUAUUACGAUAUCGUGAAGAAUCCCAUGGAUUUACAGAAGAUUAAGAGUAAAAUCGCCGAUAACAAAUACGAAUUACGACAGGAGUUUUUGCUGGACGUAAAACGAAUGCUUGAUAAUUCUCGACUUUAUAACGGUGACAAUCACGUGAUUACAGAUGCGGCUAAGAAGAUGUUCGAACUAGCUUCGAAGCGCUUAGUAGAAAAGGAGCAGCAACUAAUGAAGUUGGAGAAGGCCAUCAAUCCUUUGCUAGACGAUAACGAUAGGGUUGGAUUUGGUUUUGUGUUAGAAAAGAUUGUCCAAGCGUGUAAGAAUAUCCCGAAAUCAGUUCCAUUUCAUAAUAGAGUGGAUGCGAAAAAGGUACCCUUCUACUACGAAAAGGUCUCAAAACCUAUGGACUUGGGAACGAUAGAGGCGAACGUGAAAGCGCAUCGAUAUGUUACUGUACAAGAAUUUCACGUUUACUUAAUUUUAAUACAUAACCGUACAUCACAUACAUCACAUUUUGCGGAUCUUACAACUUCGUGCAUUCGAUUCGUUUCCUCUUAUCCACUAACCACGAAGGUCAUCCGACGUUUUGCGUGUAGUUUCGGCUAG